AUGCCUAUCGUCGAAGGAAUCUUGGCAAUAAUUUAUAUAGAUAUAGGGAGAUAUCUGAUGGCAGGCAUUUACCCAAUUAAAGUUGCAACUUUAAGUGCGUUCACUGACUUUGCAAAGCUAAGAUUCUUCUGCAUUACAGAUAAUGAACCAUACGAUCCAUCAACGUAUUUUCAGUUUACGGAAGAAAAAGAAUUUACUGAAGCUACUCAAAGUACUGAUGAGGUUUACAACGAUCUUGUGAACAUUCGCUUGGAUGAUCUAGAGCUUUCGUUAAGCACUGUUUCGUUAGAAGACAGACUCAAUUUGGGCAAUGGUAGUCUUGGGGGGUUCAAUGAGAUGUUAAACAUUUUAGGACCAAUAAUGCCAAAAUCGACAAGAUCGGUUAAGGAAACCCUAACAAAGAAGUCCCAAAAUGAAAAUACAAACCGACCACCAAUCCAGGCAAAAAAGCCACCGACGCGAGGUUUUACAGUAUCACAAUCUUCGAGGUUGGAAUCUGCAAAGUCAACAACCCAGCCAACAAUGGAAAUCAAAGGCGAAGUUAUUGAUGACUUCUUAAAGUCACUAGAUGAGAAUGAAGCCACUCAACCUGCAAGGUCGCGAAUAAGAAAACCAUCGACUCCCAGUUCUUCAAGCACAACCAUUAAGGAUGGAGUGCCAAGCGUUAAUGAUAUGGAAAAAUUAUUGGAUGAUAUUUUAGGAGAAUGA